AUGUGCAUUUUAUGUAAUCAUACGGAAAAAGGGGGAGUUGAAAAUACAGCUAUAGGAACAUGGUCCAAAGGGGUGAGCUUAAUAUUCUGCUCCUCGAUAUUUUUAUUACAUUUUAUGAAUGAAGAUAAACUAAAUAUAUUUAAUAAAAAUAUACCAGAUGGAGAAUAUAAAAUGAUUUAUUAUUUAAGCAUAUAUAAUUUAAUAGGUGCGGCAGUUUUGUUAUUACUUUCUGUAUUAGGGCAUUUUAUAUAUAAGGGUCUUUUACGACCUAUUUAUUUAAGCUCUUUUAUCGUCUCCUUAUUUUUAAUUUCUUCUGGAGUUUAUACUACAUCAAUAAGCAAAAACAUUUCUUUGAAAAUUAUAGGUAUAAUGGAUGCACUAAAAUUUCACCCAGAUUAUAUGCUUUUAAAUAAAAUAAAUAAUUUAAAUGAUGGUGGAGAUGCUACUGUUAUACAAGCCGAGCUUGUACGUCAAAUGAAAACAGAAGGUGCAGUAAUUGAUAGUAGUGCUAAGUCUGUAUUUGAUGCAAGUAAAGUAUUAGAAAUGAUAAAGGAUCGUCAAUCAUUUCUUGAAACGAAAAAAGAUAUUUUAUUAAAAAGUUUAACAAGAGAAGAUUUAAUGAAAAUGUUUAAUAAUAUAAAAGCUUCUGAGCAUAGCGUUAAUAAAACUAUGGUUGAAAAUACCAUAUUAGAAUUAUAUGAAAAAAUAAAAAAUAUUCGUCUUAAUUUUGAUAUAUAUGAUAAUUUUUAUAAAUUUAUGGAAAACGACUCUGUUGCCUUUAUAACGAAUUCGGAAAAAAUAAAAAAUUUUACAGACAUAUUUCAGAAAUUUUUUAAUUAUUAUAAUAAGUCUGUAUUCAACUCUUUACAAUAUGAAUUAGUAAAACAUGAUAAUGAAGUAAUAAAAAUAUACUUAGAUUCACUACAAAAAAUAAAACUCGUACGGACAAAAAAGAGAAAUGCAAAAUUGGAUGAAUACAUAGAUGAUAUGAAAAAAAGGAAUAUACUUAUUUUAUCAUCUGUAUUGUUGCUCAUGUCUUUUAUUUACAUUCACAAGGGGGCAACCUUAACAACAAAAAGUUCAAUGUCAAUCACCUUAAUUUACGCUCCCAUGAUGUCCUACUUAAUAACCCUGGCGUGCAUAUUCGUUUGCAGCGGAAUCCAUUUCUUUUCGAUUGUUGGGCUAGUAUUAUAUGUCUUCAGUUUGAUAUUAAUAUUCCUUCUGAUAUUUUCCCAAUGCUUUUGUGAACGCAUAUUUAAGUUUUUUAUGGGAUUUAUAUUUGUAUUUUUGUUUUUUUUUUGCUUAUUAAUUGGAUAUAUCUUAAUUGAAGAUUUUAAUGAAGGAUCAAAAGUAUACAAUUCAUACAAAAGAAAUGACUUUAACGAUUUUUAUUGGGUAUUACUAAACAAAAGAACUUAUGAACAUUUUAAAAGUUUUGUUUUAUUUUCGAAUGGACAGAUGUUUUUAGUAUGUAUAGCCUUGUGUGUAUUUAUGAUCAUAUAUUCUCUUUAUUGUUCCUUUUACACAUUCCGUUCUAUUUGUGCUCGAAAAGAGCAAUUUCCCGACUAUGUGUAG